UUUCAAAACAGACAAUAUGUCGGAUCGCCUGACAAGUGCAUUACCUGUCACAAUUCCUAAUCUCCGCUCUUAUCCGGAGACCCGUUCUGCACCUCUGCACCCUCCCUGGCGAAAUGGUAAUAAUGCGGCCGGAAAAGAGCAUUCAUCUGUGUCAAAGGAGAGCGACUUGAGUGCUGGAACGAGGAGUGUUUUAAAGUCCAUGAUGAGAUCCUCCAAACUCUCACAAUCUCAACAGCGAUUCCUUGACAGCUUCCUCCAAGGCGGUGCCCCUCUUCCAGCUACACCCACCCCCGGCAUGUCUUUCCGCCCAUCCGCGUCUGCAUCCUCGCCCGUAUCACACGACAAGAUCACUGUCUCCCGAACGCAUCUUCCACCGACUCAUCGUCCUCAAAUCCGAACACUAGGCCAGAUUGCGCAAACAGAUGCGUUUGAGAUUGAGAGGUACCGACCAACACCUAAAAAGAAUUAUGCACUUGAAAAGGACCGUCUCCAGACGUUGAUGGCAACAAACGGACACACUUCUCCUGCUGCAGAGUCAGAUAUCUAUUCCGAAACACAACCCAACAAACGAACAAGCCGACAUCACGAGGAUGAGAACGAUGAUGUCUUGGAUGAAUUUGACAUGGUCAUGAAGGAGAUUGAAGACAGACGGCAAUGGUUAGAUGACAUGAUAGCCCUUGGACAUGGAGAAAAAUUCAAAAGGCAAAUUCAAACAGAGAUUGCACAGCGAAUCAAACGGCUGGAGCAGAUUGAUCGUGAACGGACACUUGCUGCUAGAAUACCCACGACGAGAACAUGACAAUCCUUGUUUAAAAUACUGCGUGCAUGCAACUGGAAACCAACGACGGCAAGAAACUUGGCGGUGAUUGACCGGUGCUUUUUAUUUUAUACAAGUUUACAAGUAAUUCAAUGGUGGCGCUUUUGCGUUAUGAUACAACCAAGAAUACACAGCUUCUGCCAACACUUCUGGUAUAUUGACUCCUGUACAGCCUGUCUCCUUAAGCGUAGACCAAGUAGCGGUAGUGCUUUUCCUUCUUUUCAUCUCCUCCGUAAGGCACGAAUGCGCCGUCGAGAUGCUCCGCAACCUUUGCCGGCUGCACACUGUUCUUAAUGUGAGCCUGAGCAAUGUACAAUGGCCGUCCGUCUGACUCGCGACCUCCCUCGACAAGUUUCAAGCCUUGGGUAUUCUUCAAGUGGCCCUCACCAUCAACCCACUUGACCGCAUUCUCAUAACCGAGAAGGAUCUCGUACUUGGGCACGAUGACUUCUUUCCCGCCGUAAGCAAUACGAGCACCCUCUUUCAUAUCCUUUGAAAUCUUCCCAAUGUGGACACCCUUGUCGUAGUAGGCUCGGGCAAUGUAUAGCGGAGUUCCAUCCGAUUCUUGGCCGCCUCGGAUAGCCCCUUGAGGAAUGUUGUUGCCAUCGGUGAGGAUCCAGGUGACAGGAGGGAGAGGGCGGUUGUUCUUGAUCGCCUCGAGGUACUCUCCCUGGCGGCGACGAGCAUCUUGCUCCCAGUUCGAGGCGCCCCAGGCGGUUUCGGCCUUGUCCUCCUUGGCAUCAUUGUACUUGUCCCAGGCAAAGGCACCAAUACCGACUGCAGCAGCAGUUCCCAGAAUUCCACCGCCAAUCUUCAAUUGAUCGUCGCUGACGUGGAAGCCACCAAUGUCGAAGCCAUCCUUCUUUUGUUUGCGUGGGUCAUCACUAUUUUCAGGUACAACGGCGGGAAUGGAGCCAUAACCUUGUUGGUUUUGCUGUCCAUAACCGUAGCCUUGCUGCUGCUGGGGCGGUUGUUGCUGAUAUUGCUGCU